AUGGAAAUCGGCCCAAAGAAAGAAUGGGGAGGAAAGAAAGUGAAACCCAACAGAUAUAUGGCGUAUUCUAGGAGUGAUGCCAUGGAUGCAAGCCCAGAUGAUAAGAAGGGAAGGCUGGCCGAGGUCCAAAUGAACCCUGAUGAGCCGAGACAAGUCCUAGUGAUUCGGCGAAAGCUAAUCCUGGACGAUUCUGAGGAUGAAAUGCACCCUCUGCUGGCGAAGGAGAGGUUAGAUCACCGGAAUAAAUCUGCGGCUAAGAGCAACAGGCGGCGCCUUGUGAAAAUGGCACAAAAAGACGGGGUUGCUGGAAAAGACGGCAACUCCAAUAUGGGGAUGAAGGCCCGGUCUUCUUCGGCUUCUAUUUCUCACCAUGAACAUAACAUGUUGACUGCUGUCGGGAGUAGGGGAGGUUCGGGGAGAAGGAAACCGACCUCACCUGCGGGACCCAGUUCACGUGAAGGACGGGCAGGGUCUAGAUGA